CGAUUGCGCGGCUGGACGCUGACAGGGAGAAAGGCAAUUUCCUGACGAACUUUGGCUCGCUGGUCGUCAUGUCCUACUGCUGAGACCCAUCUCUUCAUCCGUCCUGCACCGCUUCACCUACUCGACAAGCUCUCCUGGCUGCCAAGAGGCCGCCCAUCAUUCGCGAUAUAGACAUCGACUCUGGUCAUGAGCGAGGCAAUUCAUGCACCCAUUCUCCGUCCUCACGCUUGGCAUCUUUGUAGCUGGGUAUAUCACCGCUCGCUGGGAUCUCGUCACCCGGCUGUAUGAACUGGCCAUCUUUGCCUGGGACCACGGUGUUAUUACUCGGUCGCUAAAAGCCUUCCUGGUCCUUACCAUCUUCUUCAUCGUCCUGAUCGUACCAAUCGAGCGCAUAGCUGCUAGAGAGAGUGAUAUACAUCCUCGUCCAGCUCUAGGUCUUUCGGCGCGCGAACAAUUGAAACGGAGAGGCUCUUUCUAGGCCUUCAUGAUCGCUCCAAAUGGCUUGAUGCGCAUCUUCUGGCCG